ACACCUAAUCAUCUGAUGGCAAAUCUGUCUCAGUAAUAAUAACAACAACAGUAACUGCAUCACUAAUCUGUGCAACUCAAACAGUCAGAGGAGAAAUCAGACCCGUUCAAUGGAGGGUUUCGGACUGGUCCACUGACAGCAGUGUGWCCCCAGCUUCUGCGGCCCCUCCUGCCUCAGCAGCAUCCUGAAAGGAGUCCAGAUGCUGCGGGAGACCUCGAAGGCYUGGAGCAACGGCUCUGAGGCCUACAGCAGCGACCCUGAGGAGGAGGAUGAUGAGGAAGAGGACAUGGUGUUUGGGGAGAGRGAUCAGGACGGCGUGGUGGAGGAGAUGAUGGACCUGAGUGACCUUCCCACAGCGUUGUUUGCCUGCAGCGUGCAUGAUGCUGCAUUCGAACAGGACACACACAGGAUUUUUCCUGACUGAGUGACUGACUUCUGUCUGCUGCAGGAAUGUCGCGCUCACUCGCACAUAUCUUUCUCAUGUUUUCCGUCUGCUCGGCGUGGACAAUGACCUGACACACACAGACAUAAAUAGCCCCGACUGCUUAGAGCCUCAAUAUUAAUGGCUUAUGGAGACUUAGCUGUCUCGACUGGUCGAGCAGUUAUUAUUAUUAUGAAAUGAAAGAGAUGAUCUGAGUGAUGGAGAGAAGACAUGGUUCGUUAUGCAACAGCAUAAAGCCUGUGGGAGGGUUUAUUUUUUUUUUUUGCACUGAUUGGUCCUCAGCUGCAGUGGAAAUUUAGAUGAAGAUAAUGAUGAUGAGGAAAGAGCUGAAGUAUUUUCUUCACUGAGAGUUUGAGAACGUUAAAUCUUUAGCAAGAAGUGCUCAUCUUGCACCCAAGUUUCUUCUAUUUAUCUGCCUGCCCUUAAAGCUCAACCCUUAAACAGAGCUGGCGUCACACUUUAAUUACAGCAUAUUUUAUCAUCAUUUAUUUUGUGAUUAUUUUUCUUUUUUGGUGCAGGUACUCAAGUGAUGGUCACAAGAACAGCAUACACAGUCUUUUUAUGCAUGUUAAUCAAAUGGAUUUAGAAUUUUACUCUUGUUUUAUUAAACAAACAAGUUGAGUGAUGCUGAARGUAUCAAACUCCCCAUAAAUAACCCUAAAUGUGAGUUUUUUUUAUAUAAUUCAUUAAUAUUCACAUUUUAACUUGUCUGUUUUUGUUAGGAAAACAGACAAGAGUAUUUGGAACGGUAAGAAAGUUAAAACAUGUUAAAUAAGUUGUAUGCAACAUGCCAAACCUGUCAUUUUUUUUAAUUAUAUGUCCUUAAGUGUGGAAAUUCGAUCAAAGUAUGUCUCUGUCCAAAGAUAUGUUAAAAAUGCCUCCAUAAUUAAAACUGAACUAGCUUUUGAAACUGCAGAAGUAACUCAUAAAUAAAAAUGUAUUAACAGUUUUUUCUUCAGACUGGUGAUAAAAGAGGACUUUUUUUAAAUCUCCUGCAGCAGCACAGUUUAUUCUCUUUAACCUGACAUAUGAUUUGUUUUUAUUAGCUCUGUCCUGUCCAAAGUUACAUGAUGUCUACAWACAAAGCCCUAUUUUUCUUUUUACAACAGAUAGAAUGACCUAUUGUAAACCUUAAACUGUGCCCUAUUGCAUGAGGCAGUGCACAAUUUAUUUUACACUCAUAGUUGGACUAGUUGUAAAAGUCUUGAUGUGAUUUCAAUGUUUUUUUUUUAGAAAAUAAAGGAUCAGUUUUAUUGAUUGAUUGUACAUAUUUGAAAUUAGUUGRUGCAUCAAAUAAAAGAAAGUGAUUUUAAAUGAAAA